AUGUUCACUGCUCGGCUCCGUGCGCCGGGAGCUCUCUCACACCCCCUCAUACGCCCUGCCAAACGGCUCCUGUCCUCAACAGCGACCAGGCGAUUCACUCCGGCAUGUACAUCUCUUGCCUCGUCUCCUUCUCGACGUGAAAGACGACACUAUUCUCCUCAAUCUCGGCCGCACCCCUCCACUCGCUCAACCGUUGUCCAGCUAUUGAGCAACAUUGGUUCCAAGAGAGAGGUCCAACAGUACCUGUCCCACUUCACCUCUGUCUCCUCGCAGCAGUUCGCCGUCAUCAAGGUGGGUGGGGCUAUCCUCACCGAGCAUCUGCAGACCUUAUCUUCCGCCCUCGCGUUCCUCAACCAUGUCGGCCUCUACCCAAUUGUCGUCCACGGUGCCGGCCCGCAGCUGAAUAAAAUGCUUGAAGCUGCCGGCGUGGAGCCGCAAUUCGAAGACGGCAUCAGGGUUACGGAUGGAAAGACGCUGGCGCUUGCAAGGUCGUUGUUCCUCGACGAGAACCUGAAGUUGGUCGAGGCGCUGGAGGCUCUGGGCGUGCGGGCGAGGCCGAUUACCACGGGAGUCUUCUCGGCAGACUACCUCGACAAGGAAAAGUAUAACCUGGUCGGCAAGAUCAAUGGCGUCAACAAGACCCCCAUCGAGGCUGCGAUUAUGGCCGGUUGCCUGCCCAUCUUGACUUCCAUGGCGGAGACGCCGGAGGGUCAGAUUCUGAACGUCAACGCCGACGUGGCGGCGGGUGAACUUGCGAGGGCGUUGCAGCCGUUGAAGAUUGUCUACCUUGCUGAGAAAGGGGGUCUGUUUAACGGUGACACGGGGGAGAAAAUCUCCGCCAUCAACCUGGAUGAGGAGUAUGAUCAUCUGAUGAAGCAGUGGUGGGUGCGUCAUGGCACCAGACUGAAGAUUAAGGAGAUGAAGGAGUUGCUCAUGGACCUUCCUCGAACGUCCAGCGUGGCUAUCAUCCAUCCUGCUGAUCUGCAAAAGGAAUUGUUUACGGAUACGGGGGCGGGGACUUUGAUCCGCAGAGGUAACAAGGUCCACAUCAAAUCUUCCCUGGACGAAUUUGAGGAUAUUGAAAUGCUCAAAAAUGCCCUCGUCCGCGAUCGUGAGGGAUUGGAUGCCAAAGCGACCGUUGAUAGAUACGUACAGUCUUUGAAAAAUUGCGAGUUCAAAGCCUACCUGGACGAGCCUAUGGAAGCAUUAGCUGUAGUUUUGCCUCCCAAGCCUGGAUCGUCGCUCGCUCAGUUGACGACCCUCAGCAUUACCAAAGCUGGAUGGCUGAAGCAGGUUGCCGACAAUGUCUUUGACAGUAUCCAGAAAGACUUCCCCAGCCUCGUCUGGACAGUUAAUGAAGAUGAUGAAAAUCUAACAUGGUUCUUUGACAAAGCCCAAGGGAGUUUGAGCCGUGGUGGCCAGGUGCUCUUCUGGACUGGCAUUGAAAGCGGUGACGAAAUCAAGGAGCUCAUCGCGGACUUCAGUAAACAUGGCAGCGACAUGCUUGGCGGCAAUGCUCUGGAGCCCAAGUUCCAACAAGCCGCGCAGGCUCUGUCCAGCAAAACUGCUGCCUCUGGGUCAGCAGGGCAACAGAAACGCUCAUUUUCAACUUCUACCGCUUCGGACAUCCUCCGUGCCCAAAGAAAACGACAAUUUGGCGUUGGUAACUACCAGUCUUCUCGAUCAUAUACCACCACCAACCCAAACCCCCCUCUUGGCGAAAAGAAUGUGUCGAACUCGAAGCCGUCCAAAGUAGCCCUUAUCGGGGCGCGUGGAUAUACGGGACAGGCUCUCAUCAAUCUUAUGAACGAGCACCCAUUCAUGGAUCUCCGACAUGUGUCUUCUCGCGAACUCGCCGGCCAAGAGUUGCAAGGCUACAGCAAACGGAAAAUCAUCUACGAGAACCUCAGCGCCGACGACGUGCGGCGCAUGGCAGACCACGGCGACGUCGACUGCUGGGUUAUGGCGCUGCCCAACGGCGUCUGCAAGCCGUUCGUCGACGCCAUCGACCAAGUUGACAAGGAAAAAGCGGUGAUCGUGGACCUCAGUGCGGACUACCGAUUUGACGACAGCUGGACCUACGGCCUGCCCGAACUGGUUACCCGUCCUUCUAUCGCUAAAGCGCUCCGAAUCUCCAACCCUGGAUGCUACGCCACGGCAGCCCAAGUAGGCAUUGCACCCCUUGUCCCGCACCUCGAUGGACGACCGACCGUUUUUGGUGUGUCUGGGUAUUCGGGAGCCGGAACCAAGCCCAGUCCCAAGAACGAUGUCGAGCACCUUACCAAUAACCUCGUCCCGUACAGUUUGACGGAUCACAUCCACGAACGAGAGAUUAGCACGCAGCUUGGCGUUGAGGUUGCGUUUAUUCCUCAUGUGGCGUCAUGGUUCCAGGGUAUUCAUCACACCAUCAACAUCCCCCUGAAGGAAACAAUGUCGUCGCGUGACAUCCGCAAUCUCUACCAGGAUAGAUACGCUGGCGAGAAACUUGUCAAGGUCGUUGGCGAGGCACCCCUUGUGAAGAACAUCGCCGGUCGUCACGGAGUUGAGGUUGGAGGCUUUGCGGUCCACUCCGGAGGGAAGAGAGUGGUCGUUUGCGCCACGAUUGACAAUCUGCUGAAGGGAGCUGCGACUCAAUGUCUUCAAAACAUGAAUCUCGCACUUGGGUAUUCGGAAUAUGAAGGCAUCCCGUUGGAGUAA